UAGUUAAGGCAUUUGUUUAUAAAAAGUACAUCUAUUUUAGCUUGGUGGUGAUGAAUUUAGGAAUAACUGAAAUUCUCUAAUCUGCUUUACUGGGGUGUGUUAGAACCGAGGGAGGAUGCUCUCAUACAACUCUGGAGGGAAGAACGUGAGGGCGCGUGAAAGCCCACAAAGUAUUUCCACAAAUUGCUCAGUCUAACUACAGAUCUCCACAUAGAAGCCAUAGAGGCGUGGCUCCGUCGGGGAAUGCGGCCCAGCCAGCUCGAAACUACAGUUCCCAGAAGGCUUCGCGAGCCCAGGAGGGAAGCGGGGCCGCGGCAGGAAAGGCGCGAGCGAGCGGAGGCGGCGGCUGGUGCCCACCCCAGCGCGGUCUGGUUGGCAGCCGUCGGUGCGGCGGACUGACUCGGCUUAGCAUCCUAGCGUUCCCGGGCGCCGGCCGCAGCGAGCUCGCUCCUUCUCCCGGCCUGUGCGGGGAUGUAGGGCGCGGGUCGCGGAGGCCGCGGGCGCGGCGGGGGCUUCGCGGAGGCCGCGCCGAGGAUGGAGAGAGCGAUGGAGCAGCUCAACCGUCUGACGCGCUCGCUGCGCCGCGCGCGCACCGUGGAGCUGCCCGAGGAUAAUGAGACUGCUGUUUACACACUAAUGCCAAUGGUGAUGGCCGAUCAGCACAGGUCUGUUUCUGAACUCCUAUCAAAUUCAAAAUUUGAUGUCAAUUAUGCAUUCGGACGUGUGAAGAGAAGCUUGCUUCACAUUGCUGCAAACUGUGGAUCUGUGGAAUGCUUGGUUCUUCUGUUGAAGAAAGGCGCAAACCCUAACUAUCAAGAUAUUUCAGGCUGUACACCCCUUCAUCUCGCUGCUAGAAAUGGACAGAAGAAAUGCAUGAGUAAAUUACUGGAGUACAGUGCGGAUGUCAACAUUUGUAAUAAUGAAGGCCUUACAGCAAUACACUGGCUGGCUGUGAAUGGGAGGACAGAGCUCCUCCAUGACCUCGUGCAACACGUCACGGAUGUGGAUGUGGAGGAUGCCAUGGGGCAGACAGCGCUACACGUAGCCUGCCAGAACGGGCACAAAACGACAGUGCAGUGCUUGCUAGACAGCGGUGCUGAUAUUAACAGGCCGAAUGUAUCAGGAGCCACGCCACUGUACUUUGCUUGCAGUCAUGGUCAGAGAGAUACUGCACAGAUUCUUCUAUUACGAGGAGCCAAAUAUUUACCAGAUAAAAAUGGAGUAACCCCUUUAGAUCUAUGUGUACAGGGUGGCUAUGGACAGACCUGUGAAGUGUUAAUUCAGUAUCACCCGAGGCUUUUCCAGACUAUUGUUCAAAUGACACAGAAUGAAGACCUUCGGGAAAACAUGUUACGGCAAGUUCUGCAGCAUUUGUCUCAACAAAGUGAAAGCCAGUACCUAAAGAUCCUGACAGGCCUUGCUGAAGUUGCUACGACAAAUGGUCAUAAGCUGCUUAGUUUAUCUAGCAAUUAUGAUGCGCAGAUGAAGAGCCUUUUGAGGAUUGUGAGGAUAUUUUGUCAUGUCUUUCGAAUUGGUCCCUCAUCUCCCAGUAAUGGAAUCGAUAUGGGCUACAAUGGGAAUAAAACUCCAAGAAGCCAGGUGUUCAAGCCUUUGGAAUUGCUUUGGCACUCAUUGGAUGAAUGGUUAGUUUUAAUAGCCACAGAAUUAAUGAAAAACAAAGAGGAUUCAACAGAUAUUACUUCUAUCUUGCUGAAACAAAAAGGCCAGGAUCAAGAGGCCCCUUCUCUUUCUGCAUUUGAGCCACCAGGCCCUGGGAGCUAUGAAAGCCUGCCCCCUGGUCCAGGGGACUCCAAGCCAGAGGUGCUUGCAGGGGAGCAGGAAGCCAGUGCUGACUGUCAGGACGUCAUCUCUGUGACAGCCAACCGGCUGAGUGCUGUCAUUCAAGCCUUCUACAUGUGCUGUUCCUGCCAGAUGCCUCCAGGAAUGACUUCACCUCGUUUCAUUGAGUUUGUCUGCAAGCAUGAUGAAGUAUUGAAAUGUUUUGUGAAUAGAAACCCCAAAAUUAUAUUUGACCAUUUUCACUUUCUUCUUGAAUGUCCUGAAUUGAUGUCAAGAUUCAUGCAUAUCAUAAAAGCACAGCCAUUUAAAGAUCGCUGUGAAUGGUUCUAUGAACAUUUGCACUCAGGACAGCCGGACUCAGACAUGGUACACAGACCAGUGAAUGAAAACGAUAUCCUCCUGGUUCACAGAGAUUCUAUUUUUAGGAGUAGCUGUGAAAUUGUAUCAAAAGCAAACUGUGCAAAGCUAAAGCAGGGGAUUGCUGUUCGAUUUCAUGGAGAAGAAGGCAUGGGUCAAGGUGUUGUGCGAGAGUGGUUUGAUAUUCUGUCUAAUGAGAUAGUCAAUCCUGAUUAUGCACUGUUCACCCAGUCAGCAGAUGGAACAACUUUUCAGCCCAACAGCAACUCCUAUGUCAAUCCUGAUCACUUGAACUAUUUCCGGUUUGCUGGACAGAUCUUGGGGCUAGCUUUGAACCACAGGCAGUUGGUCAAUAUUUACUUCACACGGUCAUUCUACAAGCACAUUCUCGGUAUUCCUGUAAAUUACCAAGAUGUAGCAUCUAUUGAUCCAGAAUAUGCCAAAAAUUUGCAAUGGAUUUUAGAUAACGAUAUUAGUGACUUGGGUCUAGAACUGACUUUUUCUGUAGAGACUGAUGUAUUUGGAGCUAUGGAAGAGGUGCCUUUAAAGCCUGGGGGUGGAAGUAUUCUUGUGACACAGAAUAACAAAGCGGAGUAUGUCCAGCUCGUUACUGAACUGCGUAUGACAAGAGCCAUUCAGCCGCAGAUCAAUGCGUUUUUACAGGGUUUUCAUAUGUUCAUCCCACCUUCCCUCAUACAACUGUUUGACGAGUAUGAAUUGGAGCUACUGCUUUCUGGCAUGCCGGAAAUUGAUGUAAAUGAUUGGAUAAAAAAUACAGAAUACACAAGUGGCUAUGAAAGAGAAGAUCCAGUUAUUCAGUGGUUCUGGGAAGUUGUGGAAGACAUUACUCAAGAAGAGAGAGUUCUUCUCUUGCAGUUUGUUACUGGCAGUUCCAGGGUCCCGCAUGGUGGCUUUGCCAAUAUUAUGGGUGGAAGUGGUUUGCAAAACUUUACAAUUGCUGCUGUGCCAUAUACUCCAAAUCUUUUACCAACUUCCAGCACAUGCAUCAACAUGCUCAAGUUACCUGAAUACCCAAGUAAAGAAAUACUCAAGGACAGACUCCUUGUGGCACUGCAUUGUGGCAGCUAUGGUUACACAAUGGCAUAAUGAAGCCUGGAAGACUCGUCUGGGACUGAUGCACAAUCCAGAGUGACAGAAGUAAUUUAGGCAGCUGUCAGAAAGGCAGCCUCGCCUCGACCCACAGGCAUAGAGUGCCUGCUUAAAAUUCAUAACGAAUCAGGUUUUCUAUUUUACAUUUCUUUUCCAUGUUUUGUUUUUCUAUGUUUGUGAUACAAUUAGAAAAUAUAAAAUCAUAGUAUACUUCAUUUUUUUAAAAUGCUAAUUGGAAGUAGACACUAUUUUUUUUUUUUAGGUUUCUUUAAUCUUAUCUAAAACUCUUAAGACAAACUCUUUUUCUACAUUCCACCUCUGCUGUGAACCUGUCUAGUUUAAAGGGUAUUUUCUGUAAAUUAUAUGAGGACAUCCAGCUGGUGUGUUCUAGUGCAUGUAAAGUACCAUUUAUAUUUUGGAAAAAUGUAAAGAAUGGAUUAAUUUAGAUUGUGUAAAGCCAUAAAUAUGUAUUUUCCCACGUUAUACUUAUAUUGCAAUGGGUUUUAUUUUUUUGUUGUUGUUUAGCUUUUUAGUAUUUUGAUACAUGGUAUAAAGUUUAGACUGGUAUGCCGAACAACAGAUAAAGUGAUAUAUAAUUUAUAUAUUAAAGCUUAUACUAUAUGAA